AUGGCUAGGAACAAGAUUAAAUAUGAAGACAUCUGGGUGGCAGCUGCUACCAUUGCUACCAACUGCAUCAACUACCUGCAGAAAUUAUAUUGUCAUGGGAAGCGUCCUGAUAUCCUUCACAGUACAUCCCAUAGUCUUCCCAGAAAAAUCAAGUAUGCACUCAUCCAUUGGAUUCCUCCACCAAAUGGGGGAAUUAAAGUUAACACAGAUGGUAGCUUUUCUAAUCCUUAUGCUGGUAUUGGAGGGGUGUUCAGAAAUAAUAAUGGAAAGUGUUUACUCUAUUGUCAUUCUCCUGUUAUUGCUAGGGACCCUCUGGAGGCUGAAACAGUGGCUAUUUUUUGGGCUAUGUUUAUGGCCCAAAAGUGUAGCUUCACCUCACUUAUCUUAGAAUCUGACUCCAGGGUCCUUAUUGAUAUUAUUGAAGGGAGGUUACCUACUCCUUGGUACCUGUUGCAGUGGAUUGAGAUGAUUCACUCCUUGGGAGAGGGUAUCAGAUCCGCACACUCCCAUAUAUAG